AUGGAAGCCAGUCAUGAUUGUCGAUUUCCUCAAGCGGAGCAGCCGGACGAAGAGAGUACAUACUCGCAGUACGUCGACUUCCGAACAGCCGCAAGCAGCGAACACAAUGGCAGUGAGCUCAACGCCCUCGAGGCUAUAGAUCCAGCUGGCUUUUUCAUACGGCAUCCCCCAAAGCCUCACGAGCUUGAAGCCGAGCUCACAGAUGAGACUCAACUAUUCCAGACCAUCCACAUGGGCGCAGCAGUCGUGGACGAGAAAAGGUGGAGGCUGGUCAUGGAUGGGCUGGUAGAGCGGCCAUUCACAAUCUCUUUCGAGCAACUGAAAAGCAUGCCUCGCACAACCAUAACGGCGUUCCAUGAAUGCUACGGCAGUCCUAUCACGCGACCAGUCCAUGCGCUAUGGCGCAUUGGAAAUGUGAAGUGGACUGGGGUUCGUCUCUCGGAUUUGCUGAAGUUAGCCAGACCAAAACCCCGGGCGAGAUUCAUUUGGUCGCGAGGCCUUGACGCGGGGAGCUUCGCUGGCGUCUCAGCGGACAGCUACGAGAAAGACCUCCCACUGGAGAAGGCUCAGCGUCCCGAGGUGCUAAUUGCAUACGAAAUGAACGGCGAGCGCUUAAGCAAAAAGCGAGGCGGACCGGUAAGGAUGGUUGUGCCUUUGUAUUUCGGCACCAAUAGUACGAAGUGGCUUUGCAGGCUCUCAGUCCAGGACCGUCGUGCCCCUGGACCAUUCACCACAACCUUUUACAACGAGGUAGACCCUACUGAUCCAACUGGACAGAGUGUACGGCCGGUGUGGAUGGUCGAGCCGAACUCUAUGAUCGUGAGGCCAGAGCCGGGAGCAAUCCUGCAAGGGCCCCAUAUUGAGAUAUCAGGUAGGGCUUGGGGAUGCCAAGCAAUCGAGGGUGUGGACAUCAGUAUUGACGGCGGCGAGACCUGGCUGCCACGCCCUGUCGUAGAUUUACGUCCGCGGAGAGAGUUUGAAUGGCAGUUGUUUCGUGCGAAGCCGUCGUUACCAGAGCCAGGAAAAUACAAGUUGGUCGCAAGAGCUAGGGACACAUCAGGGUUGUUUCAGCCGUUAGCAGGGCGAAGGAACCAUGUGCAUACGGUGGAAGUGGAGGUGCUCUGGUAG